AUGGCACAAUUCGUGCCAAGAUCGUCCUUCCAAAUUCCUGGAACCGUACCCAAAACAUACUUCCUGGGCCAUCACCAUGCUGGCGCCAGCAAGAUCAAAACCAUUCUUCCAAACAUUUCCGUCGUGCUUGAAUGCCGCGAUUUUAGGCUACCCUUGUCUACACAGAACCCAAGCCUCGAGCGAGCAGUUGCUGGGCGCCGACGCAUUGUGGUCUACACAAAAUGCGACCUUGGCACCGAUAGCAGCGCCGCGCGCCAAAGCCUAAAGAGGAUCUAUGGAGAUAACGCUGUAUUCUGGGAUAAAAACAAGCCUGCUACCACCACCGCGUUGCUAAAGAGGUUAAAGGACUCAGCGCGCACCAUGGACUCCCUAGUCGGCGUGCGAGCCCUUGUCGUUGGGAUGCCAAACGUGGGUAAGAGUACACUCUUAAACUCACUUCGCAACGUUGGCAUUUCCGGCAAGGUGGCAAAGGCUGCAAAAACUGGCGACCAGGCUGGAGUGACGCGCAAGAUUGGGACCGCAGUGCGUAUUGUUCCGUCCGAUGACAAAGGUGGUGUCGGUGGCGGUGUCUUCCUCAUGGACUCGCCCGGUAUAUUCCAACCCUAUGUCGAAGACGGAGAGACCAUGAUCAAAGUCGCCCUGGCUCAUGGUAUCAAGAAGGGUCUGAUACAUGAUGAAAUUCUUGCCGACUACCUCUUGUACAGCAUGAACCGAUGGGACCCUACACUGUACAGGCGGUACUGCGCGCCAACAAAUGAUGUUCAUGAGUUUCUCGUUGCCGUCGCAAAGAAGGACGGCAAGUUGAGAGCAGGCGGCCUCCCAAAUAUACCCGAAGCAGCCGCGAGAGUACUUUCACAAUGGCGGGAAGGCAAGCUCGGACGCUAUGUACUUGACGAUCUCUCCGAAAAUAGCCUCCGAGCGCACCAGGCCAACAUUGAACGGCCAUCCCAAAGCAUGAGCCAAGCAAAGAAGCAUCAGAAACUGGACAGGAAGCAGACAAAAGAGUCAAGCUAG